UCAUUUUAUUCUUUGCUACUUGUAUCUCUACUUAUAUUUUUAACUUUUAUUACAAAUACUAUACUCGUCCAAAUCCACUCCCUGGUCCAUUCCCUUUACCAUUUAUUGGAAACAGUCACAACUAUAGCGAUGUAAAAAAAUUUUAUGAUGAAUGUCAACAAAAAUAUGGUGAUAUUUGUGAAUUGAUGCUCGAUCGCAGAUAUAUCAUUCUUUCACGACCGGAAUAUAUUAAAAAAAUUUGUGCUCCUGCGCAAUAUUACCAGAGACUUCCAAAUUCUCCAGGUAUAGUUGAAUUGGGAAUGACCAAUCAUGGACUUUUCUUCAACGAAAAUAAUGAAAGCUGGAAUUAUAAUAAAAAAUUCUUUACUGAGGGAUUGUCGAAUAAAUUUGUCGAUGCAUCUAUAAUACCUAUAAGUCAAAUAUGCGAAGAAUUGGUCGGUUAUUGGCAAUCUCUAGGAAAGCAAAAUGUUUCAAAUAAUAAUAAUAAUAGUUGGACAUUAGAAACAGAUUUUUCAGAAUGGUUUCACGCAUUUGCUAAUGAUUUUACUUCAGUACUUGCCACUGGAAGGCGCACGUAUUCAAUUGCUUCUUAUUAUAACACACUAAGUAUUAACAAAGCCAAACUUUCUCAUGCGUUAGUUCAAGAUGGUGCCGACUUUUAUAAAGCAAUCGUAAAAUUUAUGGAAAGCCUCUUGUUUUUCUCAUUCUUUAGUCCUUUUGUUAGGCAUUACGUUCCAAUAUUCAAAA